AUGGAAUCGCGAAGUCAACUUGCACUCAGCGUGAGCAGCAAACCCGAUGAUAAUCAGGGUCUUAUAACACUACAGGAAACUGUUGUUGGCACCGGUACCAGUUCCCCAGAUCGAUGGCUUCAUGAUCAAAUUCCAACAAAUUUCUACAAAGUCCAAAGCGGAAUCUCGGCUCAACGAAAUACGGACAUGUUUUAUGCCCAAUUUCGAAAGGCGGGACAAAAAAUUUGGGAGGAAACUCAGAGGGAAUUUAGAAGGCCAUGGAUCAUUUUGAGUAACUUACUGAACG